GUUAUCAAAAACAAUAAUCACUAUAGAUGGACAUGGAAAAGAAAAGUGUGUAAGAUAACGGUGUUUCCCAAACUUGAAGUACAUUAAAAGUGCUUGGAGUGGACACUUAUUAGACCUCCGGGUUUGAUUCAAUGUUAUUUCAGUUAACAAAAGUAUGGCGCAGAUUACACACAGUAGUUGGAUUCAAGGAAUAAUAUUUCUUUCAUCCGUACAUUUUUUGUUAUGUGGAAAUUUUUGCUCCAGACAAAAACAAUACCAGUAUGGCACUAAGUCUUGUCCUGAGUGUUCAGAUACAAAACGUUACAAAGAGAUCCAUUGCUGCGAUAAAUGGAAAGGAUAUACCUGUGAUGUUCCCAUUUGUGAUCCUCCUUGUUACGGUGGCAAAACCUGCUAUGGUCCUGAUGUAUGUCGCUGUUCAAACAAAACCAUAGGAGGUGAAUGUUCUGGUCAUGCGUGUUUUCCACCAUGUCAGCAUGGCGGGGAAUGUUAUGGAUUAAAUAAAUGUUCUUGCCGACCAGGUUAUGCAGGCGAUUUCUGUGACGUUAAUCCAUCUGAUAUUAUAUUUGUGGUAGACGAAUCAGGUAGUGUUGGACAUGACGAUUUCCGUGUAACAAUGGAGUAUCUUGCCAAUGCUGUUAAUAGACUUCCUAUCAGAUACGACUUACUACGUAUUGGGUUGGCUUUAUUCAGUGGCUCUACUAGAAAAAGUUUUAAACUCGAUGAUCAUUUCACAAAAGAACAUGUAACAGACGCUAUAUUGAAAACAUAUUUUGGAAGUGGCGGAACAAAUAUUGAUGGUGCCCUUGGCUACACUUGUGAAGAUAUGUUCCAACUCACGACAGGAGAUCGACCUUAUGCACAGAAUAUUUUGGUGUUGAUAACUGAUGGACAGUCAUCUAGUGCAAACAAACCUGGAUUACAAAAAUGUAAAAGCAAAAACGUAACAAUAAUUGGGAUAGGAAUUGGGAGUAGCGUUGAUGAACAACAACUUAGAUCUUUGGUCUCUAAACCAGAGUAUUACUUUGACACAACCUAUGAUAACCUGGACACAACUUUGCCAAAACUUAUAAAAACUAUAACAGAUUUUUGUCCACCAGGCUGCAAAAAUGGCGGAACUUGCAUAUCUCGGGGAAAAUGUCAAUGUCCAGGUGGAUAUGCAGGUUUACUUUGUGAAACUAAGGUGACAUGCAUUCCAGAAUGUCAGAACAAUGGAACAUGUUACAAUACAAACCAAUGCCGAUGCCUUGUAGGUUAUAAAGGAGAUGUAUGUGAUAUUCCUAUAUGUAAUCCUGAAUGUAAGAAUAAUGGAACUUGUUAUGCAGCUGACAAAUGCUUAUGCGAAAAUGGAUACGACGGAGGUUUGUGUGAAGUCAAUUUGGCGGAAAUGGCUCCUGUGUAUACUCAAACCCAUGUGAAUGUAAUAGCAGGACUUUCCAAGAACCUUUUCGUUGCAAUAGUUGCAAGUUUAUGUUUUAUACUGCUUAUUGUUGUUGCUUUAUUCAUGUUUCUUUGGAGAACCGGAAGACUGCAACCAGUUAAACAAAGAGUUACUGCUGGCAUGCGAACUAUCAGAAAUACCAUCAGAGUACAUGACACAUCCAGUGGAAAUAACAGAGCUCAUAUGUCGGAUAACGAUGAUGAUAUAUAUUUUUAUGGUGCAAUGGAAACACAAGGACAAGAUGAGUGGAUAAUUUCAAGACAAGAUUUAUCUUUAGAAACAGAACUUGCACGUGGACGAUUUGCCAUAAUUUAUUUGGCUCAAUACUUCAAUCAUUAUGAAGUAAAAAAAGUUGUGGCGAAAACUUUAAAAGAUGAUCAGAAUGAAGAUAAUGUCAUUAAGAUGAAAGGAAAGAUUAAUUUUUAUGGGUCAAAAAUUGGACAUCACAAAAAUAUCUUGGAUUUUAUCGGUUCUGUCAACGAUGAUAUUCGUGGUCCUAUCAUGGUUUUAGAAUAUUGUUCUCAAGGAGUUCUGAGGGACUUUCUAGAAUCCGUCAGAUCAAACGUCACUGUGGAAUUAGAGGAAAGAUUGUUCCGAAUAACACUUGGUAUUUGUGAAGGAAUGGAUUAUUUAUCCUCUCAGCAGGUGGUUCAUAGGCGUUUAGCAGCACGGAAUGUGUUACUCAACGAUCAGUAUGUUCCGAAAAUUACAGGAUUUGGCCCUGACCCGGAAGCAGACGAAACAGGAGACACAAAAAAAUCAGAGAGAAUACCAAUUAAAUGGAUGGCUCCAGAAUGCAUGAAAACAACUAAAUAUGCAAAUGAGUUGAGUGACGUGUGGUCUUAUGGGAUUGUUAUGUGGGAAAUAUUUUCUCUUGGUGAAACACCAUACCCAGGCAUACAAAACACAGACGUCCCUAGUGUGGUCAAACGUGGCACUAAAAUGAAGAAGCCAGAACUAUGUGAUGAUGCGUUUUACAAAAUCAUGCUGAAGUGUUGGCACUAUGAUCCACGUAAACGUUCAGGAUUUGAACAAAUCAAGCAAGAAUUGACCAAGCUUUUUACAGAAGAAACUGGUGACGACGACUAUUACAUGUACUACAAAACAAACGAGGUCUGAUAAUUACCGGAGUCUGAAUAUCGUGUCAAGAUAUUUGUAGCAAACAAAAGCAUCAAUGAACAAAUAAUUAUACCAGUUAGCAAAAUGUUUAAUAUUUUGUUUUUAAAUUAAGCUUCUGUUUAAAAGCUUUUUACUUUUGUAUAAACUUGUAUUUUGAAAUUCGUUCAUUUAUUGUAUGAACGCUCAGAUCAUUCGACAGAACUGAUCGACAGAAAUGCGGUAAAUGAUAGUGUGAUAAAUGUUUUUAGAGACAUUCUUCUGAAAAGAAAAUUAUUUCCCAGUUUCAAAGUAUUUAUGUUUAAAAAAAAAGUAUAAAUUUAGAUACACCUUUUUGUGCGAGAUUUUCAUAUGUAGACUUACUUUAUUUUGUUGGAAUUAAUACCUUGCUUCAAAAAUUGCCAAUAAGUUACUGCUUCUCAAAAAAAAUCAAAAUCCUCAUCGUUUGUAUCGGUUUUAAUUAUUUGAAUCUGUACACAGGGAUUCCUCCUAGUAACAUCGUCAUGUGUUCUUAACUUUUGGGAACAUGUUUGGUAAAACAUUAUAAUUGCUAAAAUUUGUCUUUUUUAUUAGACAAUUAUCUGAUAUAUAAAGAAAUUAACAAAUGACAUGAAUUUUGCACAUAGUUCUUUUUUUAUAUUUUUUUUUUAUGUAAGCAUGCUUUUGCUUUGCUUUUCUUUUUCAUUUUAACUUUAAAGUUAUUGAUUUAAAUCAUAUUAAGAACUAUAACAUUUAUCAAGCAUUCAUUUUUUUUUUACCGGAACAGAAGAGUCAAGUUAGCAUAUAUAGUAACCAGUCCUGGUUUAUAUCGUCUGUCUUCUUCCGUUUGUUUUUAAAUCUUCAUGUUUUAAAAUUACGGGAUAUAUAUUAAACCAAAAUGUGACGAGUAUCAUUCUUGUGGUAUCUAGUUUAAACAUUAUGACCGACGACCCGGCCUUCAAAUAAACAUGGCAAACAUGUCUACAAUAAUAUUUAUACGGGUGAACUGUUUGUCUUAUCUUGAAAACUUCUAUAGAUGCUGAAAAUCCGAUAAAACAGGGAAUGUUCAAAUUUUAUGAUCUAUCAUCUGUCUAUUAAUAUCAAAACCAUCAUAUGACUUCAAUCAAGAGUAAUGUCCCAUAAUGAUAUAUUCAGCAUAUGCCAAAAAGUACAACAAAUUUUCUAAUGACGGUUAGAUAUAAAUAACAGGUAAGAAACAUUAAAAAAUACAAAAAAACACUAAUUUAAAACAUUACUUUUAAGAUUAGAAAAAAACAAAAAAUAGACGAAUUGAUACUUUGCAAAAUUGUGUUGAAGUAAAUAAAAAAUCAAAAAGAACAUGUAUUGCUCGCCUUCAUUGAAACAAUAGCCACUGUUUUGUAUAAUUAAUCAUUAAAGUGCGACAACUUGGUAAAGGACUUUCCCUUUUCAAUUUUCCUUUGAGUUCAGUGUUUUUGUGAUUUUACUUUUCCCAUAAAGAGUUAACAAAAAAAUUGAUAAUUUUGACGUAUUGGUACAUUUUAACCUGCAAAUUAUUUGGGUAUUUUUUUAAAAAGUUUUUAUCCAUGAUUGAUUAUUAGUUUUUAAAAUGUUUGGAAAAAUAAAGAUAAUAAUUAUAAAUCAGGACAAUGGCUAAAAAUAACGGUCUAAUUUAUCACAAAACAAUUUACGUAAAACGAUUUUGCAGACAAGAAACAACGACAGGCACUGAAUUACAGGCUCCUGACUUGGAAAAGAUGCAUACAACAUGGUGCCAUGUUAGAUUUUUGUGAGUGCUAACAUCACCCAUGGGGCGGUGUUAGAUAUGUUUGUUAGUGCUCAAACCUCCCCAGACCUGGAAAAAUGGUACACCAGUAUAAAAUAAAACAAACUAUAACAAGCAGCUGCAAAAGACUUACCUCAACAGAUAAAUUCAAAUACUAUCAUAUCGUCCUACAAAAAUAAUACAGUGUGGACGUGAUCAGUACUUAAACAUCCUCACAACAGAAAGCUAGUUCAAUGCUAAUAACAAAUAAUAAAAAAAAUCUCAUUUAUCUAGACUAAAAUAUCCAUCAGUGCAUAGCCAACAUAAAAUAGGUCACUAGCACAAUAUGUAAUUAAUAGGAGUUGUUGUAGAGAUUUUUAUCCUUACGUUUGCUAUUUUUUAUUAUUUAUUCAAUUAUUUUGUUUUGUGUUGAUGUAAUAACGUAUUAUUUGUCAAAAUUUCAUUUCAAUUAUGAACGUCUAUAUUAAAAGGUUUAUUUGUAAAUGUGCUUUUUGUAUUUUAUGAUUUUGAAUAAAUGAACUUGUUUUCCUCUA